GUAUAUGAAUAGACAAAACAUUAGUUUACAGCUUGACCUGUACAUCUGCAGUACCCUGAACUCUCAUUGCCAGUAAUCUGAUUUGUUUCACAAUAGUGUCCUUGUGAAGGAGUGAGAGAGAAAUGUUUGUGAAUGCAGGCCAGUCUCAUUGAUGUCACGCGAAAUUCAACAGGCACACAAGCCAGAGUCGGAUUCCUCUACACUCUUACACUCGCUGUUUGCUGACUGAAGAUAAAUGUCAGAUUUAUCAGCAUAAAACAUUUUGCAAGCAUCUGUUUGUGGAUAUAGGCAGCUGAGAUUCUCCUGUUGAAGUAAGUGGAACUAACUAAUUCUAUUCUGAUUGACUCUGAGGUUUGAAAAGCCAUAAUGGUGUUGUUUGGCACUACAUUGAUUGUGGUCACGCUACAUUCAAUUAUGCCAAUUGUGAGUGGAAGACUGAAAAGUGAAACUCAACAAACUGGGACUCCGAUUAUGAUUUUCAACAUCCCAAACACUGAACAUAAAGAAACACAUGAGAGCUUGGAUGAUGUUGUUCUAGAUGAAUCCGCUUUAAACCCGUUUAAGAGUCUAGAGUUUUAUGCUCGUGCUGAUGAAUUUUCAAGAAACACUGUGGCUGAAUCGACUGAUAUGCAUUCAGUAGCUGAUUCCAUAUCAACCAGAACUGAAUGUGAAGGUAGUAAUAUUCUACACAAGGAGCCUGAGAUGGAUGAGAAGUUGAAUAAGGUGGGAUGUGAUGGUGAAUGCAUAAUUAAUUCACUGGAUAACACCUCCUCCGAUGACUUCGAAAAUACCUCUAGUGGAGAUCCAGUCGUCAUUACGCAUCUCGGGCGAGUUCGUGGCCGUACUCUGGAUAAAGCUCAUGUGUUUUAUGGGAUUCCUUAUGCAGACCCUCCGGGGGACAAACGCUGGGCUCCUCCUUCAUCCGUGUCACCUUGGACGUACACGUAUGACGCCACAUUUCCCCGUCCUGCUUGCAUGCAGGUGUGUGCUGGUGAGUUCUCUCGGAUGUGUCCUCCUAAGGUUAGCGAGGACUGCCUGUAUCUAAACAUCUUUGUUCCUGUGAGUGUCAACCUGUCGUUGCCGAUAGUAACGGCCCUGCCGGUGAUGGUGUGGAUUCACGGCGGUGAUUUCAUCGCUGGCUCCGCCUCCAAACCUCUAUAUGACGGCCGCUUCAUCAGUAACUAUAGCAACACAGUAGUUGUAAACAUGGAGUAUCGUCUUGGUGCUUUUGGCUUCUUAGUCACAGGCAAAGAUCCCGAGAGCUCUGCAGUGGGGAAUUAUGGGAUUCUAGACCAGCAGGCAGCACUGCGCUGGGUCCAAGAAAACAUUGCAGCUUUUGGAGGAGACCCAAAUAAGGUUACUCUGUUUAGCGAGAGCGCUGGAGCCCAAUCAGUGUGUCUUCAUCUGAUGAUGCAGAGCAGCGAGUAUUUGUUUAGACAUGCAGCCAUACAGAGUUUACCAUUCUCUUUGCCACUGAAAACCAGAUGGGAUGCGAUGAAACUGGGCUGGGAUUUUGCUAAACUGACAAAUUGCUCAGCAUUUGAUCUGCCCUGUCUGCGCUCUCUCAGCUCACAUGACGUGCUCGAUGCCCAGGUUAAGUCAGGUUCUAAGAUCAUCAACCCCUUCCGUUUCCUGGAGGUCUUUGAGACAUGGGGACCAUUCAUUGAUGGAGAGCUGAUCCAGGAACAGCCAAUCACAGCCUUCCAAACAGGCCACUGGCAGAGUUAUAAGCCUGUUAUACUUGGUACAACCUCUGAGGAAGGCGUGACCUUUGUGUACAGCGUUUUCAACCGGUCCGUAUCAACGCUGGAAUGUGUGCUCUACACUGCCGCCAUUUUUAAGCAACAUGCGCUUAAAAUUCUGCACAAAUACAUUCCUUUCUUCCCAAACCAGGACAGAAGAGUGAUGCUUUCACAAAUUGUCACGGAUUACAUGUUUCUGUGUCCGACUCGAUGUUCUGCUCGCUCUGGAGUGAGAGUCGGUGGAGCCGUUUGGUUGUAUGUAUUUGACCACGCUCCAUCUGAUCACAACAUAUGGGCGGGGCGUCCGUUCUGCUACAAUCAUACCUGCCAUGGGGCGGAGCUUCCCUUUCUGUUUGACUCCGCUCCCAGCACUAACUUCACACUUACACCUCAAGAGACCCUUCUGGCCAAUCGGAUGGCGUGUUACUGGGGAACAUUUGCCCACACGGGGGACCCAAACUCUCGAAGUGAACAGACUCACUUCUGCACACAGCAGAGGCUGCCGGUUUGGCCUCGGUACACGGCUCCAGAGGGCUGGCCCAUCCUGAACCUGACUCUACCCUCACACCCACAGCACGGGGACAGGGAUCAUUUCUGUGACUUCUGGGAUCGGCUGGACAUCUAUUGAGGGGAGGAGAUUGUGCUGGAGGAAAGAAAAGAUCAGGGCUCUAACAAUUUUGAUAAACUCUUUGCUAUUCAUUAACCAUUCUGCUAUUUCUUUUUUAAUUUAAAUCUCAUCUUUAUACAUUAUCAAUGACUGGGCCAGUUUAAUAACAAAAUAUUAUUUUUUAAAGUACAUUAUGAUUCAAACGUUAGGAGUAAUUUUUUCAUGUUUUGA